UCGGGUUAACAUCGCAGACCUCAUGGAAGCAGCGGAGGAAACUCUCACUUACCGAGAUGGCCCCGGACCUCACAGGACGCUGCUCCCAGGGGACAAGGCCAAGGACACCGGGGGACAUUUUGAGAUAAAAAGUGAGUCCAAUUAUGUGGAUUUGGACAUGAGACCAGAAGGCGCCAAGACUGUGAAAGUAACAUUUACCGGAGAGGGAAGCCAACUGUCUGUCAAAAGUGACGGCUCAAAGCAGGGGGCAAGUGGACCGGCAUCUGUGGACUCCGUAGAUAUGGGCGGCGGUGUUGUGCCAAGUGGACCCGAAGCGAAAACUGGAGCCAAACUUUCCUAUGAGGAGUACUCCGGUGAUGAGAUGCAUCUACAGUCAGAAGUUGAUCCAAGCGACUGCAGCGAGGGAGACGAGCUUCAAUACACGGACAUAUACUUGAAUAGCCGCAGCGAGUCGGAUGACGCUGCCAGCGUGGUUCUCUCCAACCACAGCGGCACGGACACGCCAAAGGACGAGUCUCAUUAUAUCACCACGCAUGAAAUCCAGCUGACCGAACUCGAUCACGAUGUCGAUUACGACCUGGGCCGCGGCGCCAGCUGGGACUUUGAGGACGACAACUUGGUGUACUCCUUUGUGGAUUACGCAUCGUUUGAAAGCGAUGACACCCGAACCGGGACUCUGAUCUUGGAGGGCAGAAGCCAGGUCGCCAAACUUGGUGCGAGCACAGAGCAGGAUGACAGUGAUCUUUGCGACUCAGAGAAAUGCGCCAGCUCGGAUGAAAGUGUGUGCAAAAACCACACCGCCGGUGACAAAAUCCACCUCUCGUUCCAAACCUCCAGAGAGGAGCCAGCCGGUAUUACGGACGAAUGUGCCAAGCGCUUUGGAGACACGAGCCACUUCUCUUUCGUAAGAGCGGGACCUUUGGGAGAUAACAGAGCCAAGUAUUUCAUCCCCGCUCCUGGCCGUCAGCACCUUGCAACCAAACUAAGACGGAAGGACAUUAAUGAAUAUUCCAGUGGCGCCUCCAGCUCCAUAAGUGAGCUGGAUGACGCCGACAAAGAGGUGCGUAAUUUAACCGCCAGGUCAUUCCGAAGCUUGGCGUGUCCUUACUUUGACACCAUUAAUUUAAGCACUUCGAGUGAGUCGUCCUUGUCGGAGUAUGGUUUAAACAAGUGGUCUGCUUAUGUGGAUUGGAAUUAUGGACACAUCCCUCGUGGGGCAGAUCACAGCAUAAUUGCGCACAAGACCUCAAGCGCCACAUUAGAAAUGAACGAGACUGUAGUGAGUCAUGGAGCCCCCCAAACUAAUAAGAGACUAACUUUUCAUCAGGAAGCGUCCCUUUGCCAGGGGGCGGAGAUGAAACAUCAGCGAGAGGUCACGUUGAAUGUGGAAUGUAAUUUAGAUGCACAAGUAGCCAACAGGCGACACAAAAGUAGCAAGAGAAGGUCUGAGGAGUUGCGUGGAGCAGUAUUGGCAAGGUCCGGUUGUGAAAUGCAGUGUGACCAUAGUGAAAAUACAGGGAGCACACAUAAUAGGGCUGUAUUUGCAUCAAGCCUGCUUAAAAAUGUAAUCUCCAAAAAGAUGCAGUUUGAGCAGGAACGUAAAAUGGAGAGAGGUGAAAUCACAGACACCUGCCCUGCACUCUCUCCUUGCUUUCUGGAUGGAGGCAAGGACAGGAGAGGCUUUCAGAGGCAAAACUCUGAAUCUGGCUCGGGUUACACCAAUUCUGGAGAGGACCAGCCUUUGGAAGGCAGCAGGCCUGGUUCUUGUGAGCCCACGGAAGAGCAGAGAACCACAGAUGCGCUUGAGGAUUCAGGAAAAAAAGAACCUAAAGCGGGGCUCUGCCACAGUCGGAGCAGCGCAUUUAACUCCUGGAAGGAUGAUGAAGCCGUGAAGGAGGCUGAGCUCUCUGCAGCCGCAAAGGAAGCGAAUGAGGACUCAGACAGGAGUAACAUGCUCACUAAACUUCUUUUCAUGCCGAGCUGCCAGCGUUUCUCCAAAGAGAAAGACAGUGCAGAAUGCAAGACAGGAAAUACAACUGUUAAAGAAGAAACCACCAAAGGUGGAAAAACUCCUGAGAUAAAAAUAUGUCUAAGAAGUGUGAAGGAAAAUAAAGGAGGGGGCCUGAAUAUUGCAAACCUGUUAACUCCUAAAAUAAGCUCUGUCAACACAUUUCGGGGAACGGUUGAUGCCAAAUGUCAUAUUUUGUCUGCCGUGGAUAAAGUUCCAAAUUUUACAGUUCGAGACUUCAGAGACACAAAGUGCAAGUUUCAAACACCAAUCUACCGUGUCCGAGACGUACGUAAGCUGGUUAAAAGUUCAUACAGUUUUGUUUCUUUGGAUAACAGCAACAGUAAAUGUGCAGUUGAACCCAUCGAAAAACCCGAAGACAAAAAGGAGCCAGUAAAACAAGUGUCACCUUCCCCUAUUGUUAUUAAAUGUCACUCAGUAAAAACAAAUAAAUCACCAAAACAAACAGAGGCCAGUGCACUACCACAUUGUACUGCUAGCAAAGCGCCAGCCAUUGUAGCAAAGCAACCAAAUACUGACCAACUGGAAGCUGAAAAAGUAUUAAAACAAAGGCAGGAAAAGUUUGUCUGUGAGAUGGCUGACAAGCGAUUUGAGCCUCGAAUACCCAAACAAGCUGCGCUGGAGAAACUCAAAGCUGCCGUCAAAACAAUGGAGCAGCUUUACGUUUUUGACCGUAACGAAUGGAAACGUAAGGCUCAGCCUCCACAGCCGAUCACGGGCAGCCACGUGCUAUCGCUCAUCGCCCGUGAGGAGCAGGGAGCUGAAGAAGAAACAACAGCGGAGCCUGAAACAAGUGAGGAAGGAGUGGUAAAUGUCAUACGUAUUCCCCACACUAAUGAGUCAGCGCAACGCAAAACCUUCAGCAACAAAAGCAACCUUCACCUUCAACCUAGUGCGGUUGCCAGCCCUGCGCUACAAAGUUUGGCUUUGAAAAGCUCCAAGAUGCCAGCUGCACCUUUUUCUGUAAAAAUACAACCUGGAAUUCAAGGACGGGCGGAACAGACAAAGGUCCAAGUCGGUCCGACUAACCCCACCGUCACACAAAGCGACUCGGAGAACUAUUUAUCCAUACCGGGCCUGGUGUGCACCAGUGAGGUCAGUGUGGCGAACAAGGAAAUAGCUUACGCAGAUAUGAAGCCAAAAAUCAGCCAACAGAAUGAUGUGAAGACCCCUGAGCACAAAAGGUUAUUAAUGGCUGAUUGCCCAGCUUCUUUGGUCUACCACCAACCUGCGGUAGUCCCACAAACACAGCAAGUGUUGUGUUUCUCACCCCCUUUUGCCACUCUGUCACCUCCACCUAUGACAGGAGAGACUCACCUUCAAACAGCGCGCAAAAUGCUCCUUGACCCCACCACGGGGCAUUAUUACCUAGUUGACACGCCUAUCCAGACCACCACAAAGCGACUAUUUGACCCAGAGACAGGCCAGUAUGUGGACGUUCCACAUUCACCCGUGCCGCCCAUCGCCCCCGUCACCCCAGUGCCCCUCACAUUGCCACCCCUGGCCUUGAGCCCGGGAGCCAUCGCACCCACAUAUGUGGUCUACCCUGGAAUCAUCCCCACGCCCGCUCUGCAAGCUCAGGCCUUGCCGCCGUCCCCAAGUCAUACUGAAGACAGAGAAAAGUUGAAAAAUACAUACGCAAAGCAGGAAUUGAGCGUGCCGUUGGCAGAGAGCCCCUACUACAGUGCUACAGCAGAAGCCCCGCUGGGACAUAUGAAGCCCUCCUCGGUCAUAGGAGGCAGGAAACCGAUUAUCAGCAUCACGACGCAACAAGGUCCAAGAAUCAUCGCCCCGCCUUCCUUCGAUGGAACAACAAUGAGCUUUGUGGUUGAGCACAGAUGACCAAGAAGACACCUCGUUGCACGUACAUCUCCAAGAGACAUCUGCCUUCCUUCAACCCCGCCAGCAUUGUGCUCUUCAGGACAUCCCCUACCCACAAUCAACAUGAGUUUAUUAUCAAUGCAUUGCAGCACUUUGCGAGGUAAAAACACUGACUCACAAUUGCUUUUACCAAGCGGCUCCAAUUAAGGAAAAAAAUGCCACUUGGUCACUAGAAAUAAUGGCAAAUUAAGAUACACAGUAUACAGGAGUAAAGACAGGGACCAUUUGUCUUGAGUGAAAUGCGGAUUUAGAUUUUUAAAAUUAUGUUUUCCAGCAAAGUAAAUUGUAGUUUUGUUUAACACCAUCUGGUCACAUUAACAAUAUUCAAUUGUUUACAAAUUGCAAGUGAAGUGUUUUACCUGAAGUACAUGCAUCCUCUGUUUUAUGACUGUCACAAUGCUGUUUACACCUGCCCUGUUGCAGCAAUGGCUGAAAUGUCUGAAACGGAUGAGCUGUGAUUGAUGAGAUGAAGCUUGCACCUUAAAUAACACAAUAGAAACAGAGCACACAUAGUGUGUCAACGCGAUGAAGCGGAGCCGGGACUCCUUUUUGAAUUUUAGGGGAUAUCUUCCUCUAUUUGUGUUUAUUUUAUUUACACUUUGGAGUGUAAUUAAGUUGGAGUCGGUGUGUAUCGGUGUGUGUGUGUGUGUGUGUGUGUGUGUGCGUAUGUGCAUGCUACAUGUGCAGGGUGUAUCAGCAUUCUGCAAGCAUAGAAAAGAGGAGUCAUGUUACUUAACUGUGAACAGGAGCGAGCCAACUUAUCUUCGUGUUCUUAUAAGAAUUUAAUAGGAAACUACACAAUUAUUUUUUUGGAAUGAAGGAAUGAUUGCAUUCUUUUUCUCCCUUAAUUAACCACCACUAGUGUCUCAGCGUACUUUGAAUCCUAAAUCCUAUAAAAUUCUCAUGAGAACAUUGGACAAUUUAUUAUCAACUUGGAGUAAUAAUUUUCCACACCCCUCCAAUGUACCUGAACAGUUUCAUUUACUGACCAAACCAAGGAUGAAUUCAACUUUAUCUAACAGAACAUGCAAUGAGCCAUUACAUAAUAUACAAACUGCCCCGUUUUCCAUAAAAGGAAUCAUCCAGACUGUUAUUUUAGCAGGUUUCCAACUUCAAUGUAUUAGAGGUAAUCGGAUCUGCUGGUCAGUCUAUUUGCCUUCAUUGUGUAAGAUACACAAUAUUAUUUAAAUUGCCCUAUAUAAGAGUUUGUAUGAUUGUUUGUUGUAAUUUGGAAGGAUGUUUAAUAGAGUAGAAUGGAUCAUUUACUUACUGCAACAUGACUUGAUGCAUUUGGAAAAGCAACACUGCACAAAAUGUGUACAUGUUAGGAAAGCUGUCAUUUGGGACUACCUUAAAGAAAUUGUGUGAGUAAUUAUACAGCCAUAGACUUCACUAUCAGUUGACGGGUUGAGGGGCCGCUCCCUAGGGGGGCCUAUUUUCAAAAACUUAAAAUUCAACUAAUUUUCAAAACCAAAGCCGCUAGCAACCUAAAACUCACACAGGUACCGAUGAGGCUAACACAGUGCCCGCCAUAAUUAUUGGCACCCCUGAAAAAGAUGUGUUUUUUAGCUUCUAAUAAUUUAAUCUUUAAUUCAAAUAAUAUGGGACCUAAAUGGAAAAAAAAGAGAAAAAUCCAACCUUCAAUACAAGUGCAUUCAUUCAGUGGGGAAAAAAUCCCACAUAAAGAAAAAAAUUAUUUAACAUCAAAUAAUGUGUGUCACAAUUAUUAACACCCCUGGUGUUAAUACUUUGUACAACCCCCUUUUGCCAACAUAACAAGGUCUGGGGACUAAGAUGGCCAUGGGAGGAGCUUGAUUUUGUGUCUGGUGAACCGUUUCUGUGUAGAUUUGGCCAUAUGUUUAGGGUCAUUGUCUUGCUGAAUGACCCAGUGACCACCCAUUUUCAGCUUUCGGGCAGAGGGCAACAGAUUUUGAUUUAAAAUGUCCUGGUAUUUCAAAGCAUUCAUGAUGCCAUGCACCCUAACAAGGUUCCCAGGGCCUUUGGAAGCGACCCAUACUGUGAAGUAUGGGGGGGGGGUCAGUGAUGCUGUGGGGCUGUUUCGCUUCCAGUACUGUAGCCGAUAGCCUACAAACUACGCCCACAUGAUGCUUCGGUAGAUAUCACAUAUAUAAAGAAUUAGAUGCAAAUUACAGACACGGCGGCAUUAGCAACAUUUAUAAUAAAGAACUAGAUGCGUUAGUAAACAGCCGCCAUCUUAAAGCAGUAAACUUCUCAGGAAGGCUCUGUUGUAGAGAACCUUCCGAGCGAACCUAAGUAACUUUUUAUCUAAAAUGCUCCUAAAUCAGCAAUACUUUUAAUCUAUCUUUAAAUAGUUUAAAACUUACACAUGUCAUAAGCAGUGUUGGGCACGUUACUUUAAAAAAGUAAUUAGUUACAUUACUCACUACUUCUUCCAAAAAGUAACUGAGUUAGUAACUGAAUUACUCUAUAGUAAAAGUAACUAGUUACCAGGGAAAGUAACUAUUUCCGUUACUUUAAAAAGAACUUGCUGUAUGUCACCGAAUUUGAAAUUUUCUGAGCAGUAUUUGAGUCAGUGGAAUAGAGAAGAACAGACGAGUAGUUAACUCGUUAGGUGCUUCAGCAGAUUUGAAUUGCUUACCACAGAUGUCGAUAAAAGCUUUGCCCCGGGACUUAAAUUAUACAUUACAUGCAGGUUCUGUCCUUUAAUUUCGACAAACUUGAAAUAGUGUCUAUAUCUCCACCUCUUAAAGGACAAUUUUUCUUCUGAAUGCUCUGCCAUCCCGACCCUAUGCAUCUGUUUUGCGUGUGUGUUUGCCGCACGCACUGUUCCGGUUUGCUUGUGAAAUCACCGGCUCUGAUUGGCUUUCCAAGACACAUGACUCUAACCCUCAGCCAAUCACAAUCACUUCCAUCGCAUCUCUCGAGGGGGCCGCAUUCAGGUAGGCUCGUUUCCCGACAAUUCACGUCACUUUCAAAGCGUCUGCCGUCCUCAAGAUGGAUGCAGAAUUAUUGCUGGCUGACAGUGGGAGAUGGGAACGAGGCUAGCAUCAGGUGUAGCAAACACAGAAACGUUACCAAACUUUGGAAAACAUUGUCUAAUUGAAUGAGCAGGGACAAACAGCUUGGAGUCAGAAGUACGUGCGCUAUUCUCGAACCUGAACGCACCCCAAGUCUUGGAUGACAAAUCAAAAGAGCAGAGAAUCAACUCGACACGGCUGGUAGCUUCUUCAAUUUAUUCAGAGUAAGUAACGCACCGCUUUUGACCGUCAGUAACGGUAACGGCGUUGUAACGGCGGAAAAAGUAAUUAGUUAGAUUACCCCGUUACUGAAAAAAUAAUGCCGUUACGUAGCGGCGUUAUUUAUAACGGCGUUACUCCCAACACUGGUCAUAAGUAGACAGAAGGGAACUAAUGCAAUAACGGGAGCAAAUUUAACAACUUUAACGGUUGAUUCACAACAUUAAAUGACUGCCACACAUAGCAAAGGUUACUAUCUAGUUAUCGCAAUAUCCGCAAUACCCCUGUGUCUACUUAAGUUUAGGGUAAAGAAUUGGGCUAGGGCCAUUUGUCCCAAAAACCCUUUAAACUUCAC